CUCAGCAUCCAGGCUCCGCAGUGGGCGCCCCCCCGCCCCGCCCCCCCGCGCGCAGCUCCGGCGUCCCAGGAAUCCCCUCUGGGCGGGGCGGGCUGGAGAGCCGCGAGACGUCAGCGGAGCCGGUCGGCCCCUCGCGAGCGAGCAGCGCUGUCCGCCGGCCGAGAUGCCCCGCAGUCAGGCGAGCGCCAUGCGUGGCUCCGGGUUCUGCCGCCGCCGCCUCCUCCUCCUCCUCCUCCUCUUCCUCCUCCUCCUUGCCGCGGCUGAGUCUGCUCAGACCAGCGAACUGACGGUGUCCACUCUGACGGGACGGGUGCGAGGCAUCCGUAUGCCAGUCCUCUCCGGCCACAUCUCUGCCUUCCUGGGCAUUCCCUUUGCCGAGCCGCCGGUGGGCCAGAUGCGGUUCCUGCGUCCUGAGCCCAAACGCUCCUGGAGCGAUACCUUGGAUGCCUCCUCCUACCAACACGCUUGCUACCAGAUUGUGGACAAGUCGUACCCCGGGUUCCAUGGCACAGAGAUGUGGAACCCCAACAAGAACAUGAGCGAGGACUGUCUGUACCUCAACAUCUGGGUGCCCUCGCCACGCCCCAAGAAUGCCACCGUCCUGGUCUGGAUCUAUGGAGGGGGCUUCUACAGUGGGUCGGCCUCGCUGGACGUCUACGACGGCCGGUUCCUGACCUACACCGAGAAGGUGGUGGUGGUCUCCAUCAGCUACCGGGUGGGUGCCUUUGGCUUCCUGGCCCUCUUAGGGAGUCCGGAGGCUCCAGGAAAUAUGGGGCUUUGGGAUCAGCGUCUGGCCCUGCAGUGGAUACAGGACAACAUCCAGUUCUUUGGGGGCAACCCGAAGCUGGUCACCAUCUUUGGGGAGAGUGCUGGAGCAGCAUCAGUGGGGAUGCACCUCCUCUCGGCCCAAAGCCGGGCCCUUUUCCAGCGAGCGAUCUUGCAGAGCGGGGCCCCCAACGGGCCCUGGGCCACCAUCACCCCCGCGGAGGGCCGUCAGCGGGCCACUCUGCUGGGCAAAGAGGUGGGCUGCCAGUUCACCAAUGACUCGGAGCUGGUGAAGUGUUUGCGGUCCAAGGAGCCCCAGGAGCUGAUCGACAAGGAGUGGGUGGUGCUGCCCUACAAGAGCGUCUUCCGCUUCUCCUUCGUGCCCGUCGUCGACGGGGACUUCUUCCCGGACACGCCCGAGGCCAUGCUCAGCACCGGGAACUUCAAGGAGACCCAAGUCCUGCUGGGGGUGGUGAAGGACGAGGGCACCUACUUCCUGAUCUAUGGGGCCCCCGGCUUCAGCAAGGACAACGAGAGCCUCAUCAGCCGGGAGGACUUCCUGGACGGGGUGCGCAUCGGCGUGCCCCACGCCAACGACAUUGCUGCCGAGGCCGUGGUGCUGCAGUACACUGACUGGCAAGAUGAGAACAACCCCGAGAAGAACCGGGAGGCCAUGGACGACAUCGUGGGGGACCACAACGUCAUCUGCCCCGUCAUGCACUUCGCCACGCACUACGCCGAGCGCGGCAACAAGGUCUACGCCUACUUCUUUGACCACCGGGCCUCCAACCUCAUCUGGCCGCCCUGGAUGGGGGUCCCACAUGGCUACGAGAUUGAAUUUGUCUUCGGGCUGCCCCUGAACCGCAGCCUCAACUACACCAAAGAGGAGGAAGCUCUGAGCCGGAGGAUGAUGCGCUACUGGGCAAACUUUGCCCGCACUGGAAACCCCACGGAGCCCACGGAGAGGGAGACACCGUGGCCCCGUUACACGGCAGCCGAGCAGCAGUAUGUCCGGCUGAACACGCAGCCGCUGAGCACAGAUCGCAGCCUCCGCACCCAGAUCUGCGCCUUCUGGAACCGGUUCCUCCCCAAACUGCUCAACGUGACAGACAACAUCGAGGAGGCCGAGCGGCAGUGGAAGACGGAGUUCCACCGCUGGAGCGCCUACAUGAUGCACUGGAAGAGCCAGUUCGACCACUACAGCAAGCAGGACCGCUGCUCCGAGCUGUGACGAGCCGCUGACUGGACCCGGGGCGGGCGGGCGGGCGGCCGCCGCCUCUGCGCCUCGCCCCUCCCGCCCCAAGCCGCGCCCCCCCCCCGAGGAGCCGGCCGGCCGCCGCCCCCCUGGUGUCCAGAACAGCCCUCCGGCCCCACUUGAGGAAGCAGCUGCAGAGCCCAGCCACCCCCCCCACACACAGGACACCCCCUCCCCCCACCCAGGCAGGGGCUCUGGCUCAGCAAGGCCCCUCCCACCACUGGGGGCCCCUGCCUGCCCCCCCACCCCACUGGACCCCGGUGGGAGCCCAACUCGGCCCUCCCCUCUGGCCACAGCCAAAGCUCCAUCUGCACAGGGCAGCCCGGCGGACCCAUGGCUCCAGGGGGGUGCUGUGGGGCAGGAACACCCCCACCCCACCCCCUCUGCCUCCAGGCCCCCAACAAUUACUCCUCCGUGUAGCCCCCUGUGGUGGUCGUUCCCUUGUGGUGUCUGGGUCCCCUGUGACACCCCCGACCCUCUGCUGUGAUCUGUAUAUAGUGUCUAUUUAAAGGGAAAGUGUAAUAAAUACAUAAAUCUAUCUAUCUAUCUAUAUAUAUAUAAAUAUAAAAGUAUAUCUAUAUUUGAACUGUAUAGCCACCAGAGCUGCUGCUACAGGCAAGACCCCCCCCUUCCCCCAACACGCCCCUCGCCUCCUGCUCAGUCUCCCAGCCAACCACCUCCAAAAUGGUCUCUCCCCCCCCCCUGGGGUUUAUGGACACCCCUCUCUCGGCUGCCAGUCUAGCCCCCCAUCUCCUCCUGCUCCAGUUCCCUGCCCCCCAGCUGACAGCCCAGGCCCCUCCUUGCUUCCACACCCCCAUCUCCCUCUGGACAUGGCAGAGAUGCCAUCUGCCCUCUUCCCCUCUGCCUGCAUGGCUGGUGUGCGUAGAACUCCAACCUCUGUGUGAACUCCCGAAAUAAAUGAGAAUUCAUCCCAAA